CCCCCUUCCUCCGCCUUCUCCCUCCGCCCCCUCACGCCGCCCCGCCGCGCUCCUCUCUCCCUCACGCACACACACACACACACACACACACAACGCGCCCGCACGGAGCCAUGCCGAAGAGAAAGGCUGAAGGAGAUACCAAGGGCGAUAAGGCCAAAGUUAAGGAUGAGCCACAACGGAGAUCGGCGAGGUUAUCUGCUAAGCCUGCUCCUCCGAAGCCAGAGCCUAAACCUAAAAAGGCAGCUCCAAAGAAGAGCGAGAAGUUGCCCAAGGGAAAGAAGGGGAAAGCUGAUGCUGGCAAGGAGGGAAACAACCCUGCAGAAAACGGAGAUGCCAAAACAGACCAGGCACAGAAAGCCGAAGGUGCUGGUGAAGCCAAGUAAAUGUGUGAAUUUUUGAUAACUGUGUACUUCUGGUGACUGUACAGUUUGAAAUACUAUUUUUUAUCAAGUUUUAUAACAAUGCAGAAUUUUGUUUUACUUUUUUUUAAGCUAUGUUGUUAGCACACAGACCGCUUCGUUGUUGUGUUUUCAGGGGGGGCAGUGGGGACAAAUGUCACUUAGUCUAUCUCUCGGAACCUAAAUUUUAAUAAGAAAAGUUUUCCCGGUCCCCCAGUUUUUGGAAGAAGGGCUCUUCCCGAGUAGAGGAGGAAGGGAUUCCUUCAUGCUGCACGUCUCUCGAGUUCUGUGAAUUGCAUCCGAGUGAACAUAGGAGCUCCCAAGAUGCCCGUUGCCGACUUCAAAACCGCAGUUUGUAAUGCCCUCUGUAUUUCCUUUCGCGUCCUCCUUGCUUGCCUAGAGCCCGUCACUCCGAAAUACGGCAAAAACGGCAUUUUGGGACUUACCACUCUAAAUGCAUUGUCAGGUGAUCCGGACUUCUGGUGUCUAAUUUGGGAUAUCAUGGCUCCACAAGGAGCUGUCCUUCCUCUUUUAUAUUGUGGAUCUUCAGAUUAAGAAACCUGCGUUUUAAUUUUUUUCCUCUAAAAGUCAGGGUAGGUUUGUGAAGAGUUGUUAAACAACAUGCUAAAUGUGAAAGUGUCCACCCUCACUCUAAACUUUUCCCUUUGCAAGUAUGAAAUGAAGAUUCUUCGGUUUUAUAGCAACUUUUACGUUUUGGUAGUCCAUGAAGGGAGGGGAGUUUGACAGUUGUUGUAAAAUGUUGCAGAUUGUAGCCCAUGUCCUGCCUAAAUUACCAUGAUUGUUUAUGAAAAGUACCUUUAAUAAAGCUGGCUACGGUUUGGCUUGGACUGUU